GACAGGAUGCUCCUUUGGACGCCAAGGAGCUCCAGAUGCUGGUUGCACUGUCGCGCCGCGCAGGAGACCAAGCUACAGCUGCCAAGUACCAGGGCCAGCUGGACACCAUGGCUGCGGCCGCGAAGCCACCGCCAAAGGCCUUGCAGGACCAGGUCAGCGACCUUCAUCAUCGCAUCAAGAAGCUCGACGGCAGGCUCGAGGCCGAGUUGGCGAAGCUGGCGCGGUGGCAGGAUGGCAUCAGGGCUCAGGAAAUUCUCAUCCACGACCUGUCGAAGCAAUCCGAGGCCAUGGUCACGGAACAUCGGCAACUGGUGGCACAGCUUCACAGUGCAGUGGUUCCUCCUUCGGCCGACACCGAGCCCACACCUGGGCCCACCCUGUCCCUUCGAGACCUCGUGGACGGACGCGUAUCCAACAUCGUCAUCGACGACGGCGGCCUCUUCUCAGUCGAUGCCGACGGCAUGGAGGAUUCAGAUCUACAAGAGGUGGAACGACGUCGGGCAGAUUUCAAGGAGCACAUCGGCAAGGCAGCCAAGGCCCUCUUCGCGGAAGCGAUGGAGCGUGCGGCAGUUGCCAAAGCCGAGCACGACGGGCACCUCAAGCGCAUGGCGGAGCUCGCGAAGGAGGCGCAGAUGCAGCUGGGCCACACGCUGGCGGCGCCCGCGGCAGCGGUGACGCGACAUCCAGCGACGUCAGCCAGCCCGCUGCCCCAGUCAGCCGAGUUCGUGAACAG